GCAUCAACAAUCAGGGGUCGCAACCUCUAUAUAUACCACUUGAGCCUAAUUAAAUUGAGAUUGAAAUUCAGAUUAUCGUCAGACCUCACAACAUCACAGCAUCACCGCACCAUUCGCAUUAUUUCCAUCAUUUGAUCAUUAGAAACACCACAAGCAGCUCACCCCAACCCUACCUUAAAAGAUGGCACCCUCAACCACGAAGCAAUGGGUCGUCACAGGAACCGAGAAGGGGUUUGACGAGCUUCAAUUUACCGAAGCACCAAUUCCCCAAGUAGGAGAAAAUGAGGUUCUCGUCAAGAUACACGCCGCCUCCCUGAACUACCGAGACCUCAUGAUUCCGAAGGGCAUCUAUCCCUUCGCGACCAAAUUUCCCGUCGUCGCAUCAUCCGACGGUUCUGGCGAAGUUGUCGAGGUCGGAUCUAAAGUCUCUAAGUGGAAGAAAGGCGACAAGGUAGUCACGCUGUUUAACCAAGGCCAUCAAUUCGGCCCUGUCGAUUUCGCCGCGGCUGUGACGGGACUUGGCGGCGUCUUGGAUGGUGCGCUACGUCAGUACGGCGUGUUCAACGAGAACGGAUUAGUUCGGUCUCCCAGCAACCUCAGCCACAUCGAAGCCAGCACGCUAUCUUGCGCUGCCUUGACAAGUUGGAACGCGCUCUAUGGACUAAAACCAUUGAAGCCUGGGGAGUGGGUCCUUGUAGAAGGCACGGGAGGCGUGAGCAUCUUCGCGCUGCAGUUCGCAAAGGCCGCAGGUGCUAAGGUCAUCGCCACCACAUCCUCAGCAGCAAAAGGAGAGACACUGAAGAAACUAGGCGCAGAUUACGUCAUCAACUACAGAGAAGAUGCGAAUUGGGGUGAGACAGCGAAGAAACUGACGCCGGGUGGCGCGGGCGUGCACCACGUAGUCGAAGUCGGCGGCCAGGGCACCGUCGAGCAGAGUCUCAAGGCCAUCCGGUUCGAGGGCAUUAUCAGCGUCAUCGGCUUGCUUGGCGGCGCCAAAACAGAAGCUUCCGUCGUCGACACCCUUAGACACAUCUGCACAGCCCGAGGAGUGUACGUCGGCUCAAAGGCGCUGAUGGAGGAGAUGGUUGCCGCGAUUGAGGCCAAUGAUAUUCACCCCGUCGUCGAUAAGGAGGUCUUUGACUUUGAGAAGACUAAGGAGGCUUAUAAUUACAUGUGGGAUCAGAAGCAUUUCGGGAAGCUGGUCAUUAAGAUUGCGUGAAUGGAUGUUUAAAAGUUCCAACUUUCUGAUGCCCCUAUUCAGCCGGUCUCUGCGUGUGAACCACUCGU